CGGAGGUGAUGCGCACGGUCUGAAACUGGCUUCCGUUCAUUUUAUCGUUUAGCGGCACAUCAUUUGCUGCGCCGAGCCCCAACGGUCUUUCCUGCGCCCUGACCUGGCUAAUUUCUCCGUUCUCACCUCCAGACAGUGAUAUCGCAACGGUUGAUAGAUAAAUACCCUACUGCUGCAUAGAGCGCAAACCAGAACUCCACAACCUUCGCAUACACGCAAAGACACGAUGGGGAAACAGAACAGCAAGCUGACCCCUGAGGUGAUGGAGGACUUGGUGAAGAGCACAGAGUUCAACGAGCACGAGCUCAAACAGUGGUACAAGGGUUUCCUAAAGGACUGCCCCACCGGACGCCUCAACCUGGACGAGUUCCAACAGCUUUAUGUCAAGUUCUUCCCAUAUGGUGACGCUUCCAAGUUUGCUCAGCACGCCUUCAGGACCUUUGAUAAGAACGGAGAUGGCACCAUUGACUUCCGGGAGUUCAUCUGUGCGCUGUCCAUCACCUCCAGGGGGAGCUUUGAGCAGAAGCUCAACUGGGCAUUCAACAUGUACGACCUGGACGGAGAUGGCAAGAUCACGCGAGUGGAGAUGCUGGAGAUCAUUGAGGCCAUAUAUAAGAUGGUGGGCACUGUGAUCAUGAUGAAGAUGAACGAGGACGGCCUGACGCCAGAGCAGCGCGUGGAUAAGAUCUUCACCAAGAUGGACAAAAACAACGACGACCAGAUUUCACUGGAUGAGUUCAAGGAGGCGGCCAAGAGCGACCCGUCCAUUGUACUACUGCUGCAGUGCGACCUACAGAAAUGAGGAGCCACCCCUCGCCUCUCCUCUUCUCUUGUAAAGAAAGAGGAAGGAGAGAGAGAGUGAGAGAGAGUGAGAAAGAGAGAGAGAGAGAGAGAGAGAGAGAUAAAAGGCGAAGGCGCCAUGGACUGCACAGAAGAUUAAUGUUCCAUUCAGUUUGCAGCUAUUUCCACCGAUAAAAGAAGAAAAUAUAUAUAAUUAUGAUUAUAUAAUGCUUGGACUACCUUUCAACAGAUUCCGCUUCUUGUGUUUGAAACACUUGUGUGCAUGAGAAUGUUAUUUGCUGACGAAUAUUUGCCACACUUCCGAAUUGUCCCACACACAUACACACACACACACACACACACACACACACACACACACACACACACACACACAGACACAAAACACCAUGCACAAAUAUAUACAUAGUUCUAUAAAUAUAUAUUAAUUAUUUAAAAUAAACUGCCAAAAUGUGAACAGUGUGCAAAGUACUUCCCGUAGAGUCCCAUUCCACUGGAGCUUGCGCAUCAGUGAUGUGCUAUGUUGAAUUAAGCUACUAUUUAUUGUUCAAGUUUACUGAUGCUAGCUAUGUGGUUCAUUUACAGAGUAAUGUUGACAAAAAAAACUAAAUCUCACUCCAAUGUAAUCCUGUCUAAUUAAUACAUCUAUCCACUCCUGAUGAAUAAUUUGAUCUGAAUAGACAAGCUGGAUUAUGAUCUGUCCAAUUUCACCUUCCAAAUGUGCUUGUAAUGUUGGUGAUUAUAAAUGUAGCUUAUUUGCAUGCUGUUAAGUUUUGCCUUACAAUUUACACAUUUUGCAUCCUUCCAAGACUGAUGAAGAAAACGCCUUAUUGGAAAAUGCAACUGAAAACUGAAUAUAAAAGACAGAACAGGAUAUGUUGUGACAUGUCAUGUUACAUUAGAUACAUUAUUGUGUGGGAUGUAUGUUUGUGACUUGUCUGAGCAUUUUUUCCCCCUCUAUAUAUGUAGGAGCAUGUUUUUUGUCAAUACAGUGUAUACCAAUGUUGCUAAUUCCCAUCAAAGCAACUUCCCAUAAAUCUAUCUAUUGAACUUGAAAUGGUCAAUUUAAACACAACAUUGCAAAUAACCAAACUUCUACCAAUCACACAAACUCCUAAUAGUGGUAUGACAUAUUACAUGAAUCUGCCUAUACGCUUUGUAUCUGUAAGGCCUGUAGACUGAGCCUCUGAUAAAGGAAUUGUCAUUUAGAGCAUCAGAAUCACCUAUCCAGUGUCAUGUCUUGUUCAAGAACCUACAGACCAUGCUGUAAGCACAGUUAUAGCAUGACUCUCCACUGCCUUUAGUGUACAUAUUUUCCAACACUAUCUCUUCAAGCCGUAUUCCUGUCACAAAGGCACACCUUGCAUAUCAGAGCAGUAACAGUGCUACUCAGUCAGUGAAUGGAGAGGGUUAAAAAUGAGCAAAAGCUUUUUGUUUGGCUUUCUAGUCCGUCUCACUUCUUAAUCUCUCCCAGCACAAACUGAGAGGUGAGGGUUAAAAUACAUAUAGAGCCAGUCAACAAUGCAUCCUAUUCAAUCAGUUGUGGCAAUAGGACAAAUGGGUUUGCUAAGUGUUACCCUGAGCUUGAUGUGUCUCUUUUUGUACGUUUUUUCUUUUCUUUUCAACUUUUUCCUCUCUGAUUUUCUAUCCUCGUCUCUCGAUACAUACGCCUGCUCUUUUUCCUGUUCGUCUCUGUGGAGAGUGGGUGAAGCGUCCUUUUGUGUCUUUGCUUGUGAAUGUUGAUGAAAACAACUUAGAGGGUCUCCAGCCUAGUCUCUCUCAUUUGUGCAGUCUGGAAACAAAGCUGUUAGUUCAUGCACUGUCUGACACAUUAAGAACUUUUGUCCAACAUAGAUUGGAUUUUAAAAUGAAAAACACAAGUGUUUCCGGAUCAGGUCAAUGAUGACAAGAAACAUUGGGUCUUGUUGAUUAUCCAAAACUUUGCCAAGCCGUAUGUACUUAUACUGUAUUAUUAUCAGACUCCAGAUUGAAGCAACUGUCGGCAAAAAUGUCAAGGAUUCUUUUGUACAUGUAGCAUGUAUUGUUCCCUUGAUGACAUGGCUGCACUACUUCUUGUGUUGUGGUUUAAAUUAAUAAAACAUUUACAGGCUGUU